GAUGUGCACUCCCAUUACCGAAGCUGCGUUUGUCUUGAGAUUAUUUGAGUCACCGUUUUGCCUUGUUUACAUUUAAUGUAAUUUUAACGAGAUAGACCUUAAUUGAUUUUAUUUGAAACUCAAAGGGCAUGAUGUGUUUGUUUUUGUUGCCUACCAAGAGUCUGACAAUUGCUUGAAUUGUGAUCGCUUACAGUAACUUGUUUGAUAAGAGUAUAAUUAACACAUCAAAAUGUCUGAACGUCGUGGCACGAAGGCUCUGGAACACUGGACAAGAGUUAUAACCCAAGGAUAUAAUGGAGUUAAGGUGGAGAACAUGACCACUUCCUGGCGCAACGGACUGGCCUUCUGCGCCAUUAUACAUCACUUUCGUCCGGAUCUUAUAGACUUCGAUAAGCUAAAGGCUACUGAUAUUUACGAAAACAACGAUUUGGCCUUUACCACAGCUGAGAAAUAUUUAGGAAUUCCUGCAUUACUCGAUGCAGCCGAUAUGGUUUCUUAUGAAGUACCUGACCGACUAUCCAUUCUAACCUAUUUGUCCCAGUUUUACAAGGUGCUCGGGAAAAGCCUUAAACACCCGAAGGCGGAAGAAACAUUUCCUGAAGAAAGUAGUGAGCCCCCUCAGAAGAUGAUGCAUAUUGUGGGAAUACCCAGACGGGAUAAGUGUCAAAAAUGUGAGCUCCCGGUUUUUCUGGCCGAAAGAGUCCUAGUCGGGAAACGGGCUUAUCAUCGCACUUGCCUGAAAUGUGCACGUUGUAACUCAUUACUCACUCCCGGGAGUUUUUAUGAAACCGAGGUCAACAAUACGUACUGUUGCGAGACUUGCCCCGAUGAAGAAAGUGAAACCGAAUCAGACAUUGUUAAACCGAACACCAACAAUAUUGAUAUUACUAUUGGUCAAAGACUAUUGGCCGAAAGUCCUGAUCCUUCAAAUGAUGAAAGUCACAACGAAGUUCAGGAUGACAAUAAUGAAACCACUAUCAGUACAACUGAAAAGCCAUCGAACAGCGAAAUCGCUGAAACUCCGUCCAACGUAGAUAAGCCAACUGAAAAGGAUAAACCUAUAAGUACUGAACAAAGUGAAGAUGAUAAGCCGAAAAAUACUGAACAAACCGAAGAACUUACUAUUGAUCCUAUAAAGCCAGCUUUAGAGGAGGAACAUAAAACGACGACUGUUCCUCUAGACGAAGAAGAUGGUAUUCAUCUUGUGGAAGCCACUCCUUCGAAUGAGCUAAUCGAAGAAGAAAAAGAAGUUAUUAGCUCAAGCAAUACUUCAGAACCAAUCAUUCCAGAAACACAGGAAGCAGUAAUUCCAGAAAACAACACACAAGAAGACAAUAAUACUGAAAGUAAAAUAAGCAGCAAUACAGAAAAUGAAAUUUUCUCAAAAACGGAAAGCUGCUCUAAGCAGGAAGAUGAUAACGUAAAACAAAUAGAUCUCGAGACUCCCAAGGAGAAAACACUUGAGGCGAAAAUAGCUGAAACUCACUAUCCAGAAGACUUAAAUCCUUUCAAAGAUGAUGAUGAAAUCAAGGGUGCUAAUCCUUUCGACAGCUCCGACGAUGAAGUCGAGCUUCUAAAAACCAUUCCACAUAAAAAGAUCAUGGACUCUACCCCGAAAAGAGACAAAGUCGUGCCGCCCCGUCCACCUCCACCCAAAAUAGGCCUAGCCGUAUCUAAACCGUCGCAAGAUCAACAUUCCAGCCCCACACUAUCGCAGGGGAAAAAAAUGCCGAUGCCUACACCUAGGGUAUCUAUAUCGAAACCGCAGACUCCUGCAAAAUUAAUAAGUCAUCGCGACCAGAAAAAUAAUUUUAAUGUGCCCUCCUCAUCAACGGAGCACUUGGAUACUUCGACAACUUUCGAUCGCGGUGGAGAUGACCGUGGUUCAAGUAUCUCCUUGCCAUCGGGCAAUGCCCCUCGCAAGCCACUUCGUGCCUCAGCAGGGACUCCAUUACGAAGCGAGGACGUAAGUCCCGCAUCAAGCCUCAGUUCUAUUACUUCACCGACGAGGAAGAAGCGUCAAGCACCUUUGCCUCCAAAACAAGCCGAAAUUGAGAGUCAACCAGGAUUUUCGAAAUUAUCGGACGAGCAAAAGGCUUUGUUGCACAAUCAGCACAAGACCCCAAAUCAAAGUGACUCAACCAGAAGGUUAAUCCCACUUGACCAGAGCCUGCUUUCUGAUGGAACAACAGAAUCCAGUAACUAUGAAGACAGCUUCAACACUUCAAAUGCAGAGGAAGAGGGAAACAUCGUAUAUCGUCGUGUUUUGGUGCCACCGACUCAGCCCGAUAAGGAGGAUCAAAAGACACCGAUCGUUUACAACGACUUCAAUCGAACCGUCAGUCCCUUGGGGUACAACAAGUCUACCCACGGAAAGUGGAAACGGCGCAAGGGACCAGCUCCUGCGGUUCCUAUACCACCGCGAAAAGUUUUGCAACGCCUUCCGCUGCAAGAAAUACGUCACGAGUUUGAAAUUAUUGCAGUACAGCAGCUGGGUCUCGAGAAACAGGGAGUUAUUCUCGAGAAAAUGAUAAGGGACCGAUGCGAGCGCUCCUUCGAUGCCGUGGAAAAUACAAACGAGGGAGCCGGUACUUCAAGCACCGAUGGCUCCGAGAUAACUAAUUCCAAGGAAGUAGAAGAUUUAAUAUUGCAACUAUUCGAGCUGGUAAACGAAAAGAACGAGUUGUUCCGGAGGCAAGCUGAGUUAAUGUAUCUGCGACGGCAGCACCGAUUGGAGCAGGAACAAGCUGACAUUGAACAUGAAAUUCGAGUAUUAAUGGGCCAACCGGAGCACAACAAAACCGACUCUGACAAGGCCCACGAGGAAGUAUUAAUCAACCGCCUUGUUAAGGUUGUUGAAAUGCGGAACGAAGUAAUUGAUAGUCUUGAGACUGAUCGAGUUCGUGAGGCUCGGGAAGACAUGAGCAUUAAGAACAGACUGCACAUUUACAAUUCUGAGCGCGAGGAACCGGCAGUUGCAAAAGGCGCAGACAAGCUGUCCAAAAAAUUAUCCAAAAAGGAACGAAAGAAACUUAAAGAAGAAAGUAAAUUGGGCAAAGGAAAGAAAUCAGACCUCGAUAAGGACGUCGACGAGUCUGAAACCACGCCAGCAUUGGAAAAAGGAAAGAAGAAGAGAAACUUGUUCUUUUUAAAGAUGUGAGGAGUUUUAGAAACAAUUUUGUAUGCGUCGAACAAUAUUAUUUUAUUUAUGUAAAUUUGUAACCUAUUAAGUUUUUCUAUUGCCAUAGAUGAGCAUUUCAAUAAAUUACGAGACAUGUAUGCGUUUUUUUAAAAACAA